AUGCUGUUCCCAUCUCCCAGCAAGGAAAACCAACGUCAGAAAUGUCUUGAAGGACACGUGCACUUGCCCCUGGCACGCAUUGACAGUUAUGUAUCUAAAGACGGUGCAAUACCUUUGUUUUCCUCUUUUCCUGGGCAGUCUGCUGGAACCGCAUUAGCCCAUGCAGGCACACGACGACGCUCUAGCGCCCGGCGUUGGAGAUGGUCGACCCUCUUCGGAUGGACAGCCAGAUUCUUAGUUUUUGCCAUUGUAAUGUUUUGGUCCAUAUGCAAAGCCUCCCGUAGCACGAAACAAGCAUCAGGAGGGAUAGCUCGAAGGCUCUCUUACGGGACAAGGGGAGGAGACGAGGAGAUGGCGCGUAUCGUGGAACAAUGCAUAGAGAUGGAAGAGGAUUUGGGAAUUUCUGCAUCAAGAUCCCCAUCACCCUUGAACACUGAACCGUCUGCAAAGAUAGCAAGGCUAGUGUCGAUGUUAAGCGAGGCUGCAACCGCGUAUGAACGCAUGACGGCUGUGGUAUCGACGUCAUAUGACCCUUCCACCGUGGCAGCUUCUUACUACCAAGAAGAAGAAAACUCAUCCCAGCAAGCGCUGGGAUGUCCUUAUUUUUUCCAGCACGAAAGCGCGCUGGAAAUGUUACCGCACACUUCUUCGUUGCUUACUCCCAUUGGGAACAGCGAAACUAGCCCUGCCCCAAAUUUAUGGCCCUAUACUUGUCGAACUAUGAUUCCAGGCGCCACAGGAACUCAAGGAGGACAGGGAACUGCCAGCGCAACUUUGGACAACACCGGAAAGCCGCAUUUCGAACCGAGUACAUCCUUGUCUUUAGAGAUGCCACCGCCUCUUGGAGGAAGAACCAAUCUCCAGGGACACUCGAAUAUUCUCCAACACCCUUAUGUGAGCCGGCCAGUGUUGGAGUCGAAUGUCGUGCCAAGAUUGGUCCAGCCAGCAGUCAUUUUUCGUCGAGUUCACGCAACUAGCAUUUCCUUUUAUGAACUACAUAGGUUGCGGAAUUUGUUUGCAAAAGAAAGGCUCAACCAGCAGGAUGCGGAUUUGCUCGUUGGUUCAAUAGAGAAUUUAGCUGCUAGAUAUUGGUCUAUUGCGCAGCGUGGCAUGCAAAGGACCUCUCCUGCUUUCGCUAAUGCGACCUUGGGAGCAUAUUUUCUGGCAUUUGACUUUAUAGUUCGUGCAAUCGAGGUCCUCGGGGAUUCCAUGCAAUUAUCCGCUUGGUGGGGGAAAUUCGUCUCAGCCUUUAAAAUCGACUAUAGUUUGUUUCCUGAAAGGCGGCACUGCAGGGUCAGUACAAAGUUCCAAAGGGAACUGGCGAACCGCUUGCUUGGUGCGCUGAAAAUUUACAUAACGGGAAGGGCCCCUCCUGCGGAAGAUGUGGUUGAGCUGAAACGGAUGUUAUUUUUUUCUCCCCACGCGCCACCGGUAUUUAAGAAUGCUCAGUUUGAAGAAUUCAGAGACCAAGAUGAUGAUUUUUCAUGCAAGAUCGCGAGACUUUUCCACAUUUAG